UUCUCUCUGCAGCAAUUUAAUUUCCACAAGAUUCCAAACAAAGAGAAUUGAUAGAAAGUGAGAUUUGCAAAAUUUUAUUAUCUUCCUCCUCUAAUCCUCUCCUAUUAUUAAGGCGCAUAUACUCUAUCCAUCUAUCUCUCUCUAACUAGCUUCAUGGCUGCUUCGGUCUCCGACCAUUCAUUGACUUCUUGAUCUCUGGUCUCCAUCUAACAAGUAAGAAACCCUAAUUUAUUCUUCUCUCCUCCUUCUCCCCUCAUGUUGAGAUCAUCAGAAACGCUUCGUCUCCCUCAUCUCCUGCUGUCUUUGGCUAUUCCGGUCAUCAGAUUCUGCCAUGGUUCCUGAUGCUGAAUCCUCCACAACGCUUCUUCUUUCAUGUGGGUUUUCUAGUAGUUUCGCUUUUAUGAGGUUAUUACAAAGGGCUCAUCACUUCUUUGCCGUCUCUGAGGACGACGACAACGAAGACAUUCGCUUAGGAUCUGAUCAUCAAGUAAAAGAUAAACAUCACCAAGUUUGUAGGAGAGAUCGUAGUUUCAUGGCCGAUCAAGAAGAGCCGAGGAGUACAACUUCUAGGUUAAGCUCCAAGGAAGACGACGACAACAACAAGAAUAAUACCAUCAACAAUGAAGCGGAAGAUCAUGAGAUGAGACAAGAAGGGUGGCUCCGGUUAAGCACUGGCCACGAGGAUGAUGUUAAACUGAAUAUUGACCAUGUGCAACAACAUCAAACCGAUCCAGCGGAUAGGAGAGACUCUUUUCUAGAGCUUAAUCUUUUCUCUGGCGGUUCAAAUAGAGAAGAAGGAGUUGGUCUUACAUCAAUGUCAUCUCUCUUACAUCAUCAGCAUCAGCCAAGAGGGAUGAUGAUUAAUCCAUUGAUGUUCCCUACCAGGCCUGAUCAGGAGAUGAUUGGUUCUUGGGCGGCUGCCUUUAAAACGCCUGUUGUCCCACAAAACCUAGUGCAACCAUCAUCAUCAUCUGCUUCUUUGAUGCCGUUGCUAAGACCCUACUUUGGCCGCUCCAAUUUUCAGCAGCAGUUAAUAGGGAAUAAUAAUAAUAAUCCGGAUGCGUUGGCUGGUCCAAGCUCAAGUUUUCGAGUCAUUGAUCCUUCUAGACGACCCCAUUCCGGCGUUUGGUUCCUCCUUCAAGCUUCUCAAAACCAGACAAGAGAACCAUUCUUGCCUCAGAUCCCCAAGAGCUACUUGCGAAUCAAGGACGGGAAUAUGACUGUUCGACUAUUGAAAAAAUAUUUGGUGAAUAAGUUGCGAUUAGAGCACGAAUCCCAGGUAGAGAUAAGAUGCAGAGGGCAAGAACUGGAGCAAGUGUUGACACUACAACACGUGAGAGAUACAAUAUGGAGAGGAAGCAGAGAAAGUUCUUCUACUAUUUCACAAAACCUUACUUUGCUUCCAAAUUCAUCUACCUCUGAUCAUCUCAUGGUCCUCCAUUAUGGUAGGAGUACUCUUUCUUAAUUAUAUGUUUCUAUAAUACUUAUUCUCUAUUUUAUUAUAACACCUUAUUAUUCUCAAGAGAAAUAACUGCCCACCCUUUCUUUCAACUCAACAUCCCACCUUCUUCAACUGUUUUUCCCCUCUCUUCAUUUUUUUCGGCGACUGCUUCGAUUAUUUAUAUCAGUGGUGAGAUUUGUGGAAUGAAAGAGUUAUCUAAUUCUUUAGGAGUAUGCAUGUCCCGGUUGGUGUUUUUAUUGUUGUAUCUUCUGGGGUUGUGAGUAACAUUAACGCAUGGAAAAAAUGUAUUCGUAUU